UCUCUCUCUCUCUCUCGCACGAUUUAACGAGGUUGGUCUGUUGUAGGCAUUGGCUAUACUCUGGAUCCAGAUUUUUCAUUCGUUAAGAUUGCUGCGCCGUACGCACAGGAACUCUUAUUUGAGAGACUUAAUCAGCGUACAGGGACACAAGUUGUUGAAGAAAUGAAGAAACAAGCUGAUGAUGCAACAUCGGACACAAUCUCCAUGCCUUACCGAAUCCAGCAGAUAGAAGACAUUGUAAAACAACUUGAAUCUGGGGAUUUAAAGCUCCGUGUUCGUGUCCUUGAGUCGGAGAGAGCAGCUCAAAAGGCAACGGUACUGCAGAUGGGAACCAUAUAUACAAUAUUAGGGGGCACCCUCCUAAAUAUUGGCGCAAUGUUCGUCAAUCAAGGCAGUCGAAUGAUUGCAAAUGGUUCGUUUACUAUGGCAGGUUUUUUCUUCCUUCUAUUUGUUAGAUCCAUGCAAAGGGUGAAAGAACUUGAUAACUUUGAGAAAAUGAUUUGAAUUCGAUAAAUACCCAGAUUUAUUUAUUUAUUAUUUUUUCAUUUAUUGGGCACUUAUAGAAGGGUUAAUAGGAAAUUGAAAUUUGAGAGGAUGCCCGUAUAAACCCAUAUAUAUAUCUCGUGCAUUCGUCUAUGUUUAGAUUCAUGCAAGAGCUGAAUAAUUUGGUCACUGUAAGUUGUUCGACAUAGGUUAUGCAUUUGUUGGUAGUGAUGUAUGUAAACAAAUUGAGAAUAGAUGAAUACAUUACUUUUUUUUCUUUC